GACCAGGUCAGAUACAGUCCUGAUGCCAUGUUUGUUAACUGAACCUUUGGCUCUGCGGGACUCUACAGACAUCUUCAGGACUCUGCAGAACUCUACAGACAUCGACAGGACCCUGCAGGACUCUACAGGACUCUACAGGACUCUGCAGAACUCUACAGGACUCUACAGACAUCUGCAGGACUCUACAGACAUCUACAGGACUCUACAGACAUCUACAGGACUCUGCAGGACUCUGCAGACAUCUACAGACAUCUACAGGACUCUACAGACAUCUGCAGGACUCCACAGACAUCUACAGGACUCUACAGGACUCUGCAGGACUCUGCAGACAUCUACAGACAUCUACAGGACUCUACAGACAUCUACAGGACUCUACAGACAUCUUCAGGACUCUACAGACAUCUGCAGAACUCUACAGGACUCUGCAGAACUCUACAGACAUCUACAGGACUCUACAGACAUCUACAGGACUCUACGGACAUCUUCAGGACUCUACAGACAUCUACAGGACUCUGCAGAACUCUACAGACAUCUACAGGACUCUACAGACAUCUACAGGACUCUACAGGACUCUACAGGACUCUACAGGACUCUGCAGACAUCUACAGGAAUCUACAGGACUCUGCAGACAUCUACAGGACUCUGUAGACACUCGAUCCGUUAACUGUUUGGAGACAUUCCAGUUGAAUUCUUCCUCCAAAGAGGUUUGAGCACAAACAGUAAUUAUUCAUGUGUCGUUAACACGUUGCAAACAUUUUAACGACGCAUGUGGUCCACUUCAAACAGCUGAGUAUUGUGAGUCCUCAUUGGCUGAUAAACUGAACCUCUGAUUUGUUUGUCCUUAUCAUGUGAUCCAUUAGGCCUGUUACACACAUAUACAUACACACACGCACACACACAAAGCAGUCUGUCAUUAUUCAGUUUAUAGAGAGAUUAAACUCAAUGAUAUUUCUCGUCGCAUUAAAAAUCUGUCUUGUGAGAUUUGUGAGCUAUCUAAACUAUUUGUGACCUGUGGGGGCAGUAAUGCGCCUUUGCUACGUCUAGCCUGCCAGAACCUAAAUAAGGAGAAGGAAAAGAAGAAGAGGAGGAGAAGGAAAAGAAGAAGAGGAGGAGAAGGAGGGGAAGCAGCAAGCAGCCAGAAUGACGUCGGAAAAUACCGACCGAAAUACCGCCACUUUCAAAUCGUCUGGCAGCAUUUUGGGUACCCGGUGGAAAUGAUAAAUGGCAGUAGUGUGACUGAUAAGACACGGACAAUAUGCAAGCUUGACAGAGUAGAACUUUGAUUUGGUUUUGCACAUAAUAUUGUUUGCAAAAAGAAAGAAAUAUUAAAUUUUAUUUAUUUUAACUUUUAGUUUUAGUUUCAAUUUGUGGAAGAAGAAGUUUAUUAAAAGCUCAUGCUUACAUCAUGCAUAAGAGUUAUAAUAAAACAUUUCAAAAUGCAUGUGCAACUCGGUUAAAUAAAAAUCUGUUGGUCCAGUCAUAUAUUUUGUCAUUGUAGUUUUCUUAAAAUCUUGUCUCGUUCUCGUGAGUUGAGUGUAUCGUCACACCCCUAUAUUGAACAUAAAUCUGCAUGUUAACAAUGAGGAUGUUCAUCAGCCAAUGGGAGCUCACAACACUCACCUGUGGACCAGAGGCUCAAACUGACAUGACAUUAGUCCGUUUACGUGUUGACAUGUAAACAACAUGUUAAUGUGUUCAAAGUCAUUUCAACGUUGAACAUCGUUUAAACUGUAAAUUAUUUUGGAUGCGUCAAUGUUAAUGUUGAUCAGAUGUUUGAUUUUUAAUAAAUUAAUGAUUUUUUCAAA